CAGUUGGUGUGAGGGUUGAGGCAGAGCCAAACAUUAAGCUACCAACCAGUCGUAACUCCUUUUUGAGCUUCGUGUAAGUUUGUUUGGUGAGUAAAAAAGUGUACUCUUCCUCUUACUUAUCUUAGCCAACAAUAUUUCCCACUUGCUUCCACUUUCCACACUACUCACUCCAUACAAAUACCCUUUUCUUUCUUUCUCUCUUCCUUUAACGAACAUAGAAAAUGGAUGGAGUUGGGUUCCAAAUUAGAGGGAUGAUUGUUUUUGCUGUGGUUGUUGCGGUGGCUUUCAGCCUCGGCGGGAAAUGUGUGGAAGCUCAGGUGCACCAUGUGGUGGGAGCAGACCCUGGAUGGGAUCUAGCCUCCGACCUCCGUGCUUGGUCUUCAGGCAGGGUCUUCAGGGUUGGAGACCAAAUCUGGCUCACGUACUCUGCGGCGCAGGGAUUGGUAGCAGAGGUGAAGAGCAAAGAAGAAUAUGAGGCGUGCGAUGUGAGCAACCCCAUCAAGAUGUACACGGAUGGUUUGCAUACAAUCCCGCUUGAGAGGGAAGGAAUCAGGUACUUCGUGAGCAGCGAGGUCGAGAACUGCAACAGUGGGCUCAAGCUCCAUGUUGAGGUGCUGCCCAAGUCCAAGUCCUCAUCACCAAAUCCAAUCACUCACACUCAGUAUUCUACUCCAACAUUCUUGGCUGCUGAGCCUACUAGUCCUUCUGCUUCGGCUCGUUAUGCUCACAACACCAUCCUCGCGUUUGUGCUGUUAUUCUGUGUUACCAGUAUUAUGCACCUUGCUUAUUGAUGGUUGAUACUACUCAACACUACUAAGAGUGGACAAUAAUUAGUAUCCACUUGUUUAAGUGUGCACUUGAAUUGUCUAUGUUCUUUUCUUUUUUGUUAAACAUGUAUUGCUUGGUUUUGGAUUGGCAUAGUUUGGCCUCGCUUUAGCUAGGCUGGAUUGUAUUCCUCAUUGACAAAAACCAAUAGACAAUGUUCUGGUCAAAGUGUUUUAAGAUGCCAGAAUGGUGAUUCAAAUGAUAAAUGUUUGAUUUCAGUGAA